AUGGCUUCUGCUGGGGCAAUCUUACUGGCCGUCACCAUUGCCCUGCAAACCGUAACUGGAAUAACUUUAAACUCUUGCAUUACGGCCUUCAGCUUUAAAAGCCGAAAAAACGGUUCCAGUUUCCAUCCCACCAAUUUGAUCUUCUCCAUCAUGGGACUGGUCAACAUCUUCCUUCAGUUUGUCCUUACAGCCCAGAAUAUAAUUUAUACCUUUUGGCCCUGCUGGUUCUUUAUGAGGGAGUUAAGUUUAAGUUUAUCUGUGCUGACCCAAUGUAUGGCUUACUGUAGCUUCUGGCUGACCGGCUGGUUGUGCGCUUACUAUUGUGUGAACAUAGUCAACCUCGGCCAUCCCCUGAUUGCUAGAUUACAAAGGCUCCUCUCGUCUUUCCUUCCACAUGUUCUGGUGAUGUCCAUCAUUGGGCCAUUCCUAUUGGGUGUUCUCUCCAUCUGGAUGGCUGCUGUUGUUGAGGUGAAGCCUUCAUCAAACCACACAGGCUGUAUUGUUGGUGAAACGUUCAACCUUAAUGCAGCUUACAGAGCCAUAACCACUUUUCUAGGCUGCUGUCUACCAUUUUUUCUGGCGUUGAUCUCCACCGGCAUCACAAUUUCCUCUCUUAUAAGACACAUCAACAAAACGAAGAACAAUGUCUCUGGAUAUACUCCCUCCAGCCUCCAGUCACUCAUCCACGCGGCAAAAACAAUGGUCCUCUUCCUCGUGCUUUCUGUAAUAUUUUAUGUUUUUGCGCUCUUAUUCUCCGCCACAAUCACCAACACCUCUGCAGAGGCCAUGUCUGUCCUCAGUUCCUUUAUAAUCAUGUCCUUCCCAUUGACUGAGGCCGUCAUCAUUAUCCAGGCCGUUCCUAAGCUGAGGAAGAAGAUUCGGGGGAAUUUCUGUUGCGAAAAAGAAAGCGGCAAUAAGACUGAGGAGAAUAAUUAG